CGUCACAGGUGGACUCUCCGCAUUAGCAACCAUCUUAGCAACCGAUUAGAGUUGAGAACUUCGUGGUUCGAUUCGAACUGUUUGCUCGCCAAAAUGGCUAGUAUUAUCGCUAGAAAGAACCAAGAGAAGCUCGCCGAGUCAAUAUUCAGGAAAACGCAUUUCAGCAAAGCAGAAGUUAUCAAUUUAUUGUCUCUCUUCUCUGAAUGUGCUAAUCAAAAAGAGAAGAUGGAUAGGAAUAAAUUUCGAGACAUUCUGCAUAACAAGUUUGGUAUGACUGAUGACAUUCUAAUGGACAGAGUGUUCAAGGCAUUUGAUACCAAUAAUGACAGUAGUAUUGAUAUGGAUGAAUGGAUUCUUGGACUGUCUGUAUUCCUAAGAGGAACUGUGGAGGAACAGACAAAAUUUUGUUUUGAUGUUUAUGAUCUCAAUAGUGAUGCCUUCAUCUCCAAAGAAGAAAUAAUGCACCUACUUAAAAAUGCAAUUAUAAAGCAACCCACUGAAGAGGACCCAGAUGAAGGAAUCAGGGAGCUUUGUGAUAUUGUACUCAAACUCAUGGAUGAAGACCACGAUGGCAGACUAUCCUGGGGAGACUUUCAGAAAACAGUGGUCAGGGAACCUUUGUUGCUGGAAGCUUUUGGAAGUUGUUUACCAGGCUUGAAGUGUGUGGAAAACUUCUCAUCUGAAUUCAAGGAGAAGUCGACCGCUGGUGGUCCUAGCGUGUACAAACCACAGAACAAGACUGUCAAGACUUAGAAAAAUUGCAUUACAGUAUUACACACAUUCCUGUAUUCCUAAAAAAAAGUAGGAAUUAUUUGUAAAUAGCAAAAUGCUUCUUUUUGUAAAAUAUUGUUUAAUUCGCCUAUAUAUUAUCAGUACAAAUAGAACGGUAACCCUU